GAAAUUGCCCUGAAAAGCAGCUGGAAAGCAGUCCUCAAACCCUGUCUGUGCUAAGCAGAGGACAGCCAGCCACGCCACUUGCUUAGCCUAGAACCACCCCAAGCCCUGGAGGUACACUGGCACUUGAACUGAUUUUCCAGAGGCAGCAUGGACAUCAAGGAGUAUUUUGCCAGAAUUUCUUACCGGGGCUCCCACAAUAAGCCAGACCUGGCUACCAUGUCAGAUAUUUUCCAGCACCACAUCCAAGCUGUCCCUUUUGAAAACCUCAGCAUCCACUGCGGAGAAAGAAUUGAGCUGAACCUGGAAGCAACCUACAACAAGAUUGUGAGGAAUAAUCGUGGGGGCUGGUGCAUGGAAAACAACUACCUUCUGUCUUGGGUCCUGAAAACUCUUGGCUACAAUGUCACCCUUCUGGGAUCAAAAGUUUAUGUCCCAGAGCUCGACAGCUACCCAGAUGAAAUUGAUCAUCUGCUGCUACAAGUGGAGCUUGAGGGAAAAUCCUACAUUGUGGAUGGGGGGUUUGGGAUGGCCUACCAGCUGUGGCAGCCAAUGGAGCUGAUUUCAGGGAGAGAUCAGCCUCAGAUUCCCGGGGUCUUCCGUUUUCAGGAGGAGAGUGGGAGCUGGUACCUUGAGAAGGUGAAAAGGAAGCAGUUGGUUCUCAACCAAAGCACCUCUACUUCCCAGAACAUGGAAAAUGAAGCUUGCCGUCGGAUUUAUCUCUUUACCCUUCAGCCACGAGACAUUGAGGAGUUCAGGGGCUGCAAUGCCCACCUGCAGACAGCUCCUGACUCGCUCUUUGUGACCAAGUCCAUCUGCAGCCUGCAGACUGCCGACGGCAUCCGGGCACUGGUGGGGUGGAAACUCACUGAGAUGAAGUACAAUUAUAGGGACAAUACGGAUCUUGUGGAAAUCAGAACCCUUGCAGAUGAAGAAAUAGAGAAAACACUGAAGGAGAAAUUCAAUAUAACACUAGACAAGAAAUUUGUACCUGUCAAUACGAGCAGGUUUUCUCUGUUCUAACUCACUGCCUGAAUUACAGUUCAAUCCAGUGGCAUUACAGGCAAUUCUUCCCUCUCUUUCUGACAAGCAUCCAAAGGUUAAUCUUUCUCCUUCCACCUACACCAGUGUAAGGCAGAACAUACGAGCAUGGAUCUGAAAAAUAAAUGGAUUUUCACAACUAUUCCUGCAUUUCUUUUUAGGUUGGGUACAAAUAAUUUCUGCCUAGCUCAAUCAAAUCAUUGCCCUUCUGUUUGUGCUUAGUGGGAAGCAGACUCAGCCCAUUCCCUACUUCUUUCGUCUCUUAAAAGCUUUUCUAAAUGCACCCAGUGUAGCUGGGCAGAAUGAUGGAGCUGUAUAUCUUUGUCUUUAUUACCUGGUGCUUCCACCUGGGGAAAAUCAUACCUGCCUCUUAAAUGAAUACUAUAUUAUUUUGGGAAUAUAAUAGCCAAAAAACCACAAAGACAUCCUGUGCUGAGUUUCUCCAGUUAAGCCACAAGCCUGUUCUUUUUGCUCUCACAUCCACAACACCCUCUCACGUGGCAGUCAGGCCAUCUCACACCUGUGCAAACUCACCAUGUGAGUGCUUGAGGACAGGUUAUUUACGAUUUAGAACUGAUGAUAAGAAAUGUGUUGUUUCUGACUUUGCACAGCUCCUGGUCUCUCAGUGACAUAAGCAAAGAGCAGCAUUUCUCUGAACUGAAAGCAUCUCCUGAGCAUUUUGUUUGCUCGCACUCAGCAGCAGACUGCUGGGAAUACAUGCUCCUCUCAGCAGACUCUACUCCGGGCGUCAUUGCACCUUAAUUAUUAUGGCUGAACCCAAACACAUGCACAGAAUUAUUUUUCUGAAACAUAUCUGUUCUACUCAGGAUGUGUUUGCAGUGAUAUUAAUUAUACUGAUAUAAGGAGAAACCAUGAAUCUUAAUCACAUACCUAACGGCUAAGAUUUCUAGUAAGAGAAAUUACUCAAAUGUGACCAUUUUGCCCUUUGAGAAGAUGCUUGAUGUUCCUUUAUGUACAAAUCUUGGAAGCAUUACAACUAUGCACUUAUAAUUAAGCAAAUUAUAUUAGUGAAUUACAAUUAAAUAAAAAAUCAAGCACUGUGAACUAGAAUUAUUCAGAUGUUUUUUUCCCC